CGCUUCAGCUAUGGAUGUUUGAGAGGAGGGAAGGACUCAGAGACAGACGCAGGCUGCCGGUGGAUGUGCGAGUCUGUGGCCGGGCUGAGGUGGAUCUGUACCGGCCCCGGUGUGAAUGGGAUUACGCCGGUUGUUCCGCGUCUCCCGUCGGUGCUGCUGCUGGAGGAAAACAUGCGGCUGCAGAGCUUCCCGCUCCCCUCGGUCCUCCUCCUGCUCCCGCUGCUGCUGAUCGGGCUCUGCAGCGGCACAAGUUUCCCAAGUAACAUCAACAUAGGAGGCCUUUUCCCCACCGGCUCACAUGAGUACGAGGUGUUUCGUUUCGCCCUGGCCCAGCACCAGGAUGUCCCCAAACUGGUGCCACAAGUGGACAUGGUGGACACAGGGAGCAGCUUCGCCAUGACCUACGCCUUCUGCUCCCAGUUCUCUAAGGGCGUGUACGCCAUCAUGGGCCUGUACGACCGGCGGACGGUCAACAUGCUGAUGUCUUUCUGCGGCUCUCUGCAUGUCUGCUUCGUGACGCCGUCCUUCCCUGUUCAGACCAACAACCAGUUUGUCCUACAGCUGCGACCCCAGCUGCAGGAGCCCCUCAUGGCCCUGCUGGAGCACUUCUACUGGACCAGGUUCGUCUACAUGUACAGCUCCGACUCAGGUCUGUCGGUGCUGCAGAGGAUCUUGGACACGGCGGCGGAGCGGAACUGGCAGGUCACCUCUGUUAACUUGGACACUCUGACAGAAUCGACUUUCAUCAAGCUGCUGGCGGACCUGGACUACAAGAAGGACUAUCAGAUCAUCAUCGACUGCGAGCUGGACCGACUCAACUCCAUCCUCAACCUGAUUGCUGCUCAGAGGAGAAACUUGAAGAACUACCAUUACAUCCUGGCCAAUCUGGGCUUCAUGGACCUGAACGUCACAGAGUUUCAGAAGCUGGGGCCGAACGUGACGGGCUUCCAGCUGGUGAACCGGUCUGAUCCGGCUGUGGAGAAGGUCAACCAGGACUGGCUGGACUUCGACAGCAAAGACCUCAAACUGUCUCGCAGGAGGCUCAGGUACACAGGAGCUUUGACCUACGACGGCGUCAGCGUCAUGGCAACGGCCUUCCAGAACCUGCGGCGGCAGCGGAUCGACAUCUCUCGCCGCGGCAACGCAGGGGAGUGUCUGGCCAACCCCCCCGCUCCCUGGGGACAGGGCAUUGACAUCCAGAGGGCCCUGCAACAGGUACGCCUGGAGGGGCUGACGGGUCACAUUCAGUUUGACGAGCGAGGACAUCGCACCAACUACACCCUGACAGUGAUGGAGCUCAGUCACACCGGGCCCAGGAAGAUCGGCUACUGGAACGAGAAGAGGGGCUACGUGAACACAGCCGUCUACAGGCCGGUGGUGGAGGAGUUCUACGGUCUGCAGAACAGAACCUACAUCGUCACCACCAUACUGGAAGCUCCCUACAUGAUGCUGAAGAAGAACCACGAGCAGUUUGUAGGAAAUGACAGGUACGAAGGUUACUGCGCUGAACUGGCCGCGGAGAUCGCCAAACACGUCGGCUUCGCCUACCGCCUGGAGCUGGUCGGUGACGGGAAGUACGGCGCCAGAGAUCCAGAGUCAAAGAUGUGGAACGGCAUGGUGGGAGAGCUGGUGUAUGGGAAGGCCGACGUGGCUGUCGCCCCGCUCACCAUCACGCUGGUGAGAGAGCAGGUGAUCGACUUCACCAAACCGUUCAUGUCCCUGGGGAUCUCCAUCAUGAUCAAGAAACCCACCAAGUCCAAACCGGGCGUCUUCUCCUUCCUCGACCCGCUGGCCUACGAGAUAUGGAUGUGCAUCGUCUUCGCCUACAUCGGAGUCAGCGUGGUGCUCUUCCUGGUGAGUCGCUUCAGUCCGUAUGAAUGGCAGGGAGACGACUCUGAUGAUGAAGAUGAAACCCAGCCGUCCUCUGCCUCUCGACGAGCUCUGCCGACUUCGUCCUCUGAGCUCGCUCACUCUCCAGGUUACUCCCAGGCUCAGAACCAGAACCAGCAGAAAGAAAAGGAGACUCCAGAACACACCAACGACUUUGGGAUCUUUAAUUCUCUCUGGUUCUCACUCGGGGCCUUCAUGCAGCAGGGCUGUGACAUCUCUCCCAGGUCCCUCUCAGGUCGAAUCGUUGGAGGAGUCUGGUGGUUUUUCACCCUCAUCAUCAUCUCCUCCUACACAGCCAACCUGGCAGCCUUCCUCACCGUCGAAAGGAUGGUCUCCCCCAUAGAGAGUGCAGAGGACCUGGCCAAGCAGACCGAGAUCGCCUAUGGCACGCUGGACGGAGGCUCCACCAAGGAGUUCUUCAGGAGGUCAAAGAUUGCAGUUUUUGAGAAGAUGUGGUCGUAUAUGCGGAGCGCGGACCCUUCAGUGUUCGUCAAGAACACCAACGAAGGUGUGAUCCGAGUCAGGAAGUCGAAGGGGAAGUACGCCUACCUGCUGGAGUCCUCCAUGAACGAGUACAUCGAGCAGAGGAAGCCCUGCGACACCAUGAAAGUCGGAGGCAACCUGGACUCUAAAGGCUACGGAGUGGCCACGCCCAAAGGAUCGCCCCUCAGGCUGUCUGUUGUCAUCUGUUGUGCCUGUCUGACUGCCACCUGUAGAAACCCUGUUAACUUGGCAGUGUUAAAACUGAACGAGCAGGGCCUGUUGGACAAAUUGAAAAACAGAUGGUGGUAUGACAAGGGAGAGUGCGGCACCGGGGGAGGGGACUCCAAGGACAAGACGAGCGCGCUCAGUCUGAGCAACGUGGCGGGAGUGUUUUAUAUUCUGAUUGGUGGGCUGGGGCUGGCCAUGCUCGUGGCUCUGGUCGAGUUCUGCUACAAGUCCCGGAUUGAGUCGAGAAGGAUGAAGGAGCUUAUUGAUGCUGCUAUGAUGGGAGGAGGAGGAGGAGGAGGAGGAGGAGGCGGCGGCGGCGGCGGCAUGGCGGCAGCGGGAGGUUUAGGAGGAGCGUCAGGGCUCGGAGGCGAGAACGGCCGCGUGGUGGCACAUGAUUUCCCUAAAGCUGGAGCUCAGGGUUUACCCUGCAUGAGCAAGGCGGCCGGACUGGGACUGUCCUCCACAGGCAUGUGAUCAAAGCCGAGGCUCCUGAUUGGACAGAACGCUCCCGUCCAUCUGUCUACCUGUCUGUUGGUAAGGAAGGUAAGGAGGGAAAGGAAAAGAGGAGGAUAAAGGAGAGGAAGAGGAAAUAAGAGGAAGAAGUGAUCAGAGGUGAGAAAAGAGGAAGA